CCGCAUAAAAGACCGUCUCAUGGCCUGAUACUCACAGAUAUAUGACCAUCUUCAACCUGACUUAGAUCUCACUCCGCCAUCUUUCACCUAUAUCCUUCCAUACUUUUCUCCUAUCCUCCAUACUCCUUCUUUCACAACCCAGAAUACGUUUUUAUCUCAUUUAGUAAGAUGCCGUAUUCGUAUUCUACGGUCGUCGACCCAUCAACGUACGAGACCGAGGGUCUCUGCGAUGGCAUCGAUCUCCGGAAACAUAUCGCUGCCGACUUAGAGGAGAUCGGUACUCUGAGGGCUCAAGAGGACUGGCGCCGCUUGGUCGGACCGGUAGCAAAGCCCUAUAAGGGUGGUCUGAACCCAGCCUACAGUUUCAUGACCGUGUCGGUACCCGAAUGUAUCCCAGAAAGACUCGAGAUCAUCAGCUACGCCAACGAGUUUGCUUUCCUCCACGAUGAUGUCAUCGAGGUUGCUAGCAAGGAUGUCCGUGACGCCUCAAACGAUGAGAUGUUACAAGCCUUCGAAGAAGGUGCUCAGACUGGCAAGAUUGAAGAAAAUGGCGCUUCUGGCAAACGGAAAAUUGCCGCUCAGAUUCUCAAAGAGAUGAUGGAGAUUGACCCUGACCGGGCAAUGGUUGCCAUUAAGAGUUGGGCAACUUUCGUAGAAUACGCAAGUGGAAGACAGCAUCACGUUCACUUCAACACAUUAGAAGAGUACAUUCCUUACCGAUGCCUGGAUGUCGGUUACAUGUUCUGGCACGGUCUUGUCACAUUCGGAUGUUCCCUCACCAUCCCUGACGAGGAGGCUGCUGAGACAAGAGAGCUCCUUACUUCUGCUUUGAUUGCUGCAUCUCUGGGCAACGAUUUGUACUCGUAUGAGAAGGAGUACGAGGACACCAUGAAGGCUGGUCUUCCCGAUGUCGUCAACGCAGUCUGGGUCAUUAUGGGAGAGCACGGAUGUUCCGAGGCCGAGGCUAAGGAAAUCUGCAAGGAGCGAAUCCGCAUCGAGAAUGCCAAGUACGUCAAGGUGGUAGAAGAGACGGCAAAGCGGACAGAUCUUUGCGACGAUGUUAAAAGGUACAUCGACGUUAUGCAGUACUCACUCUCCGGAAACCUAGUAUGGAGUAUUCAAUGCCCUCGAUACAACAAGGGCUCUACCUUCAGCGAAUUGCAGCUGUUGCGAGCUAAGCACGGAGUUGCCAAGUACCCUGCAUUGUGGCCACCAAAGGACGGCGUUCAGGGCGUCAAUGCCACCCCCAGCAGUGACUCUGCUGUUGACCUUACUACCAACGGCGAAGUCGAGGACAAGGAAGAAGAUGAGAAUAUGUACUGGGGCAUUAACGGUGUCGGUAUUCGUGUCGGAAACGGUGUUGAUGCGCAUGGUGUGGGCACUUAUGAAACCGCUGCGACAAACGGCGCUGCUACCAACGGAGAGAAGAAGUCAGCACAUAACCCACAGCCGAGCGCAGACUCAUUGGUACUCGACAACGUAGUUGCUCUCGCCCUCGAUAAGAACCUCCCAGAAUUGGGCGAAGGAGUUGUUCUCCAGCCCUGGAAGUAUCUUAUGUCUCUUCCUUCCAAGGGAUUCCGUGACCAAGCCAUCGACUCACUCAACACUUGGCUUAAGGUCCCCGCGAAAACAGCUACAAAAAUCAAGGAGGUCGUGAAGAUGCUCCACAACGCUUCCCUCAUGUUGGAUGAUCUGGAAGACAGCUCACCCCUCCGCCGUGGAAGACCCUCCACACAUGACAUCUAUGGCUCUGCUCAAACUGUCAACAGCGCGACCUUCUUAUACAUCCAGGCUACACAGCUGGCCUCUGAACUAGAGAACCAGGAAUGCUUCAAGGUAUUCACAGAGGAGAUGCGCCGGCUCUACGUGGGUCAGAGCUACGAUCUAUACUGGACACACAACGCCCUGUGCCCCUCAAUAGCAGAGUACCUCCGAAUGGUCGACGACAAGACUGGAGGUCUAUUCCGCAUGCUAACUCGCAUGAUGGUCGCCGAGAGCCCUGUCAGCAAGAACCUGGCAGGAGUUGAUCUCGACCUAUUGAGCUGCCUUAUUGGCCGAUUCUUCCAGAUCCGCGACGACUACCAGAACCUGGCUUCAGCCGACUAUGCGAAGAAGAAGGGCUUCGCCGAGGACCUGGACGAGGGCAAGUACUCGUUCGCUCUCAUCCACUGCAUCCAGGUCUUGGAGUCAAACCCCAAGUUCGCCGGCGAUGCCAUGCAACUGCGGGCGCUCCUAGUUAAGAGGAGAUUCGAGGGCAAGCUCGGCCCCGAGGCUAAGCGCGAGAUCUUGACAAUCAUGAAGAAGACCAAGAGUCUGGAGUAUACUCUCGGCGUCAUUAGGAAGCUGCACAGCGAGCUGGACAAGGAGGUCGUCAACCUAGAGAAGGCAUUCGGUGGCGAGAACUUCCAGCUGCGGUUGCUGAUGGAGAUGUUGAAGUUGUAAAUUUUCGAU